UCGAGGUGGGGGAGAGCUCUCCCUAGAGUUGCGGGGAGGGGUUGGGUGAGGCUGAGGGCGAGAUUCCCGCGAGCCUGGGGGCGUGGCGGAGAACGGGCCGGACGGGUGGAGGCGGAGUAGGGGCACCUCCGGGCCCUCCACCUCUCAUGGCCGCGGCCGGGCCUCCCGGGUGGGUCUGGAGGCCGGUGGCGCAUGAUCGGCUUCUGGCGCGGGCGUUUCACUCUUGCACUGUGCUGCGGGGCCGGCUCUAUGUGGUCGGGGGCCUGACAUCCGGGGGUGCGCGCGAGCCCCUUGGAGACGCGGUAAUGUUUGACCCGGCGACAGGCCGGACGACGAGGACGGGCGGCCCCGGGGGGCCCAGGCGCAGCCACCAUGACGCGGUGUCCGUGGGCAACCGCUGGCUCUGCGUGGUGGGCGGCUGGGACGGGUCCCGGCGCGUGGCGGCUGUAGCCGCCCUCGAUGCGGAGCGCGGGGCCUGGGAGGCGUGGUCCGCGGCUCCAGACAGCUGCGCCCCGGCGGGGCUCAGCAGCCACACCUGCACCCGCCUGUCGGACCAUGAGCUGCGCGUGGCCGGCCGCGAGGGUGGCACUCGCACCCAGCGCCGCUACGGUAGCGUCUACACUCUGCGCGUGGACCCCCCUGCGCGCACCUACAGCUACCGCGAAGAGGGCUGCCACACGGCCUCGCGCUCCGGCCACAGCGCCGCUCUGUUCCGCACCGGUGGCCCGCGGCCCGGCUACCAGCUCUUGCUCUUCGGGGGCAGCAAUUCCUCGGAGCCCGAAUUGGCCGGGAACUGGGGCCCAGGGCACAUCCAGGAGGAGCCGGUUGUAGCCUCUCAGCUAACAGAACAGCUAUCCCGGCUCGUGAGAAGAGAGAGGGGGUCCGCGGAGGGGCCCCGGGGGCUUCGGCACCAUUCCUGCUCCGUGGUGGGGCCUUUUGCUGUGCUGUUUGGUGGAGAAACUCUGACCAGAGCUCGGGACACCGUCUGCAAUGACCUCUACAUCUAUGAUAGUCGCAAAUCCACCCGGCCAUGGCUCCACUUGCCCUGUGAAGAUCGAAACAUGAAGCGGGUAGGCCAUCGAACCUGCCUCUGGAAUAACCAGCUUUAUCUAGUAGGGGGUUUUGGUGAGGAUAAUAGGACACCUUGUCCAAAUGUUUAUACACUAGAACUGUCUUUCUAAGCUAGGGAAAUCUGCUUCCUCACUUCAUCCAAUCCCAGAAAGCACAAACCUACCACACCCUAAACAGUUCAUUAAAUGCUAAUCUGUAAGUCAGACAA